AUGGAUAAGAGUUGGAUGAAGAAGAGUAGAUUGUCAAGAGAUUAUAUGCAAGGGAUUAAAGAAUUUUUAGAGUUUGCUUCUCACAAUGUAUCUAAUGAUGGAACAAUUUCAUGUCCAUGUAUGAGAUGUGUGAAUUCAUACAUGUUGACCCUAGAAGUUGUACAUCAUCACUUGGUAUUCUAUGGAAUUAGUCCGGGUUAUAAUUGUUGGUAUCUUCACGGGGAAAUUAUGUCUGCAACGACUUCUAGUAGAACUAGUCAAAGCCAUGAAGAAAUACGACCUGAGUAUGGUGAUAUACGUGACAUGUUGCGGGAUGUGUUUCCCAUGCACACCCAAAAUAUGGAUGAAUAUGCAGAAGAAAGUAAUUUACCAGAACCAUCUGAUCAAGGUCCAAGCGUGCAACGACCUCAGGAAGAUCCUAAUGAAGAUGCACAAAAAUUUUACGACUUACUGAAAGAUGCUGAGAAGCCUUUGUAUGAAGGGUGCAAGAAUUUUAGCAAGUUGUCAGCAAUUGUGCAUCUGUAUCACUUGAAAUGUCUUAAUGGAUGGAGCAACCACUCAUUCACAAUGUUGCUUCAAAUUUUGAGAGAUAUGCUUCCUUCAGAUGCAAAUUUGCCGAAAGCCUCUUAUGAUGCCAAGAAGAUUAUUAAGGAUUUAGGUCUCGGUUAUGAAAAGAUUCACGCUUGUCCUAAUGAUUGUAUGUUAUUUUGGAAAGAACAUGCAAAUGAUGAAGUGUGUCAUUGUGGUGCUUCAAGGUGGGCAACAAAUGAGAAUGAUUUGCAGCAUAAUAUGAGUACUUCAUCUAAAAAGAGAAAGAAAAAGGCUGCAAAGGUUUUACGGUGGUUUCCCUUGAAGCCUCGAUUGCAGAGGUUGUUCAUGUCUUCAAAAACAGCUGCUUAUAUGAAAUGGCAUGCUGAAGGUCGUACAAAUGAUGGCAUAAUGAGGCAUCCUGCCGAUUCUAUGGCUUGGAAAACAUUCGACUCUCGCUAUGUAGAUUUUUCCUUUGACUCCCGCAAUGUCAGGUUGGGGUUGGCAGCAGAUGGAUUUAACCCUUAUGGGAAUAUGAGUACUAGUUAUAGUAUAUCGCCGGUCAUAUUGGUCCCAUAUAAUUUGCCUCCAUGGAUGUGCAUGAAAAGAUCUUCUUUUAUCCUAUCACUGCUUAUUCCUGGUCCGAGCUCCCCUUCGAAUGACAUAGAUGUGUAUAUGCAGCCUUUAGUUGAAGAAUUGAAGGAAUUAUGGGAUGUUGGAGUACAAACUUAUGAUAUAUCUUCCAAAGAGAACUUUCAAAUGCAUAUAGCUCUAAUGUGGACUAUAAAUGACUUUCCCGCAUAUGGUGAUUUGUCUGGUUGGAAUACCAAGGGUGCUCUUGCAUGUCCUUCUAGUAAUUAUGAGACUCAUUCUCGAUGGUUAAAACAUGGAGGGAAAUAUUGUUUUAUGGGCCAUAGGCGUUUCUUGGAUAAAGAUCAUAGAUUUCGUAAAGAUAGAGCAUCAUUUGAUGGCAAACAAGAAAUAGAAUCAGCUCCUGAUAUACUAUCUGGCUUUGAGAUCAUGAUGCAAACAGAAGACCUUGAUUACAAAUUUGGGAAGACAAAGGCAAAUGAAAAAAACAAAAAAAGAAAGAAACAAGCGGAUGGUGAUGAGAUACAACCAUGGAAGAAAAGAAGUAUAUUUUUUACAUUGUCAUAUUGGGCAAAUCAAAAAUUGUGUCACAAUCUUGAUGUGAUGCAUAUAGAGAAAAAUGUGAUUGAUAAUGUAUAUGGAACAUUGUUGAAUUUAGAUGGGAAGACAAAGGAUAACUUAAAGGCACGUCUUGACUUACAAGAGAUGGGUAUAAGACGUGAACUUCACCCACAAAAGAUCAGUUCCAAUAAGACAUAUUUGCCUCCAGCUUGCUUCUCAAUGAUUUUAAAAGAGAAAGAUGACUUCUUGAAAGUUUUGAAAGGGGUAAAAGUCCCAGAUGGUUAUGCUUCAAAUAUUUCACGUUGUAUCCAACUUAGACAGCGUAAGAUUAUAGGUUUGAAGAGUCAUGAUGGUCAUAUUUUGAUGCAACAACUUCUUCCUAUCGCAUUACGAGGAACAUUACCAAAAAAAAGUCGCUUCACCUCUAAUUGA